CGAUCGGAUUUGCAAAUGGAAAAAUCAAGAUGAUGAUGAGCGCAACCAGCGGAGGUGGAGCACAUGGCGCAGGUGCGCGGUCUGCACAAGCCUACUCGCCGGAAGACGAUUUCUCUGUCGGCGACGUCGAGGAAACGCCCUUUAGCUUCAAUGUCCCAUCUCACCGGCUCAGCGCAUCGAUAGGAUCCUCUAUCGGGAGUCUGAACAACUACUUCGCGAAUGGCGGCCGACCCGGAGUAUCUGCGUAUCAAAAUCAGAGUGCUGCUGUUCUUGGUGGUGGAGCUGUAAUAGGAGGUACUAGCGCAUCAACAUCUUCGAGCAAUCCAUUUGCAGGAACUUCUACAAUCCCACCUUCAGCAUUCCAGAAGCAUGAUUUGCUGAGCGGGCCCGACGAAGCUGGUGGUGGCGGUGACCCGGCGGAAUGGGAAGAACAGCGGAUUCGAUCGUUUGGUAGUGGUGCGCCGGGACGCGUCUUGCCGCCACCGAAACCGGUUGUGACGAGCGUCGGCCGGAUUCCAACUCGAAACGUAGGCGACAGUCCGAGCGACGAUGUUCUAGACGAUGUUGCUAGCGUCUCCUCGAACACCAAAGUCGAGAAUCACGUUGCAACCAGUGCGAGUAAAUUCGCGAAGUACACACCUGGAGUUAGUAUGGCGAACUCGAACAGCGUGAAGGUGAAAUCACGCGAUCUACUCGACCGAAAUCACUCGGCUUCACCGUUUCCGCUAUCGCAAGGCUCGUCGCCCAUGGUCCCUAUAGUCGCGAAUCUCGUUUCCUCCUUUGGAGGUGGCGCAAACGCAAAGUCCGAAUUAGCCGCACCUUCCCCGUCUCAGGUGUUAGACGACAAAAGCGGAGCAGCAGUUGAAGAUGCGGAUAAUCGCGCUGUACAACCGGACUCGACAUUUAUUUCGCUACGAAAAUUUACCCGCGCUGGUGGCCCUUUGUUUUUUGUACCUUCUGACCUUAGCAAAAUCAACGGCGGAGGAGGUGGUGGCACUAUUGCAGAUGCAGAGCAGAGAAGUGUGUCGGCUUUGGUCAGACAAUUCGAACGUCGGACUUCUCCAGAAAAGGAGAACCCAUCGAAACAAACGGAGGACCAAACGACUGGAAUAGAAAAGCAAAAUACGACGAACGCGUCAUCUUUCGUAGUCCCGGCGCCCGAGAUGAACAGCACAAUUCUAGGAUACGACGCAAAUGCAAUUGAGGAAGGUGGACAAGCAGCUGGAGGAGGAGGUAGAGGGUCCUCUCGAGCAGGAAUAGGAACUGCUGGUCUUACUUCUGCCCAGAGCGAUUCUGGCUCAGCGCGUAAUCGCAACCUUGGAAUCUUUCCAACUGGUGGAGUCUCGAUUUCUCCACCAAUAGAGGUAAGCCACGAUAUCACCAGUACGUACCAUUAGGGGUUGGAAGUUGACCUCUCUAUGUGCGCAUCUCUAUGGCUUCUCUGAGUAGGAAAGGCAUAACUACGCGAGCUAGAGAGGUCAACUCUCAGCCCCUAAUACCAAGUCGUGGCUCCAUCUACUAACGCUGUUGGCGGACCGUCACCUUUGAUACGAAGGGUCGGAGCAGCAGUCCUAGGUGCCUCACCUAGCGGGACGAAUCUGUCCACACCUACAGUCAAAAUCGAUGACUUGUUAAAUGCCGGAGGUGCGGCAGGAUAUCCCUCAACUGGGGGAAAAAGUUUCGGUUUCGGAAGUAGUGCGCGUCAUGGAGCAGGAGCAUCGCUGGGAGUCUUCUCGUCGCCAUCCGGCGUACUUGGUGGAGCAAUAGCACCAUCACAACAGGCGACAGCUGGUCGCACCGGUGUGCCUCCCUUAUUGGCAGACGGCCUGUCGCUUUCGCGUGUCGUCGCCGCACAAAGAGAACCAGCUUCUUCGGAACGUCCUGCUUCAGUUGCAUCGCCGAUGCCUUGCUUUUCUUCUCCAGAUGCUGGUCGUGCAUCACUAGGAGAGACGUCCAAGUUCCAAAACAACACGACGUCAGAGCCUGGUCAAAACGCAGUAUCCGCUUCCUCAAGCUCCCAAGUGUUCGUUUUCAGUCCACCGGCAAUGCAUGUUUGCCUGAAUCCGCCAGUUCUGGACCUCGAAAGCAUCCUGAAAAUGGGCUCGGCGCCGUUCUUGGCCCGCAGAAUUGAGUCAAAUGCGCAGAGUAGAACAGCAAGUAGUAGUAGCGGCGGUGCGAAAACAACUUUAGGAUUAGGAUCCUCUUCGGCGGGCAUAGUUACAUCACAAGAAGAACCACUACAACCGAAGACUGAUCCUAUGAGGAUAAGCAGCUCUUGGAACACCAGCGGCGAAAAACAUCAAGCGAAUCGUGGCGAGAUUCAUCCAGGAUCAACAAGACCACUGCUUUUUACGAGGAAACGUGCCGCAACCAGCGAAAUAUUUGCAAAUAACAACCGCUCAUCAACAGACGCCACUUUUCCGUCCGGAACCGGAUUCGCUACGACAGGCGCGACGCGAACACGACGAGGCAGUGAUAGUCAACAACAGCUGCAUGUUGCGGAGCCGGCAGUGAAAACGACAAAAGCCUCAGGAGGGUCGCAAACCGAUAAGAAGAAUCAACUGCUGGAACGAAUACGAAGAUUGGAAGCUUCGGCUGCAAGUGUCAUGGCAAUAUCCCGACUUGAACGCGAGGCCAAGAAGAGCGUACCAGUGUCAAAAAGAAAACAGCCUCUUUGUUGGACUUCAGGGCCAAAAAGGGUACUGUUUGCGUUUCUUGUACUAAAUUCGAAUCGUUUGUAACAUCUUCCACCUCUACUGCUCCUGGUGAUACAAAGGAAAUUUUCAAUUAAGGAAAUUUUCAAUUUUUGCUAGAAGUGCUCAUCUAUGUUCCUUUCUACAAUCAUCAGAUCUUAGACUUGGUAAAUGAAUAUCAACAGCUUCUUCUUCAUUUCACCAUGUUGACAGUUGUAAUAUGGAGAAUCUUCGCCCACCGUCGUUGUACUAAGCUCCUGUAGAACUACAUUUAUGUUUGUUCUCACUCAGGUUUACUGUAGAACUACAUUUCUCCUUCUCGUUCUUCAGGUACAACAAGGAACGCCAUUCCUUGGGCGUUUUUCGAGUCCAGAGUCGAGGUUCAGAGGCUUUGGCACAACAGUCCGGUCUGAUGUAGCUGCAGAACUAGACGAUGCUUUGCGAUCAGUAGAAUUUCGUCGAGAUGCCGUUCUUGAUUCCUUUCUUGUUCCCACCUAGCAACUAUCAACGUUGCUGCACCACAUCAUCAUGACUUGGUAGUUCUCGUUUGUUUUUACGCCUAUUCCUAUUUAAUUGCUCUGUUAGAGUUAGUAUUCCACUGAAUCUACUUCAUGUACAAGUACAACUACCAGUACCAACUAUCUCGUGACAUAAUUAUUGACCUUGACAUGUUGAUGUUUGGUGGAUUUGUUUGUUUGAGUACUUGUGAUAAAUUUAAGUGUAGAAGCAAGUUGUUUUUUUACGCUUCCUGGUGAUCAUCUAUAGUCCCUUGAGCAUCAAGAAAACUAAUGCGACGAAAGCAGCCGAGUCGUGCACAUUAUCGAUCCCGGCGAUCUUUGAAGCACCCACUCCUAAGAAGGUCUAAC